AUGGGAAAAUAUUACUUGGUUGAUACUGGUUAUGCCACACGACCUGAUUUUAUACCCCUUUACAGGGGUGUAAGAUAUCACUUGAAGGAGUUCUGCUCCCGAACAACUGCAAAUGCCAAGGAAUUGUUUAAUCUAAGACAUUCAUCUGCGCGUACCUCCAUCGAGCGUGCAUUUGGUUCUUUAAAGAACUGCUUCAAGGUCCUAGCUUCUAGGUAUUUUUUCCCAUUCAAGACACAGGUGGAUCUCGUAUUGGCAUGUUGUACCUUAUACAACUACAUCCUCACCGGCAGUCAGGAUGAAUUUAUUCAUGCAGAGGAAGAUUGGGUACCACGUGUUUCACAAACCACUGCUUGGGACCAAAGAGAAGAAGCACAAGAGUGGGCUGCUCGUCGUGAUCAAAUUGCAACUAAGAUGUUGGCGAACAAGUAG